AUGCCUAGAAAGAAAUCUGCUGCCAAGAAGGCUAGAGAAGCCAUCAAGAAGCAAGAGUCAGUUGCAGUGAAGGGCAGUUCAACGAAGGUUCCAACUACCGACGUUGAAGGCAAGAAUACCGAGGUCAUAAGUGUGAAAACUGGGUCAAAGCAUGAUGUCACUGCUUCUAAAGAGGUUCCUGCUGAAGUAGACGAUGACGAUGAAGAUAGUUCGACCUCAGAAGAAGAAGAUGAUUAUGGUGAAUUGAUCACUGAAGAAGUAGAAGAAGGUAUUCAAAAAGUCUUAGAUGCUAUUAAAAAUAAUGAGACUGAUAAACUAUUGAACCCGGGAGUGAAAUUUUUCGAAGAACCCGAAAAGGCAGUUGAAAAAUUGGCAAAGACUGAGAAACAUAAACCCGUCUAUUUGAAAGAUUAUCAUAGAAUGAAUCUUUUAAAUGGUAACGUUAAUGCCGAUGAUGAUGAGGAUUUGGAAUUUGAAACGGUGGAUGGUAAACAGUCUUUUGCUUCGCAUCAAAGAGAAGAGAGAAACCAACUUUUGAGUGAGAUCAAGGAUGCGUUCAAUGGCGAUGACGAUGCAGAAGAAGGAGACGAAGAAGAAGACGGCUUCUUGAAGAAGAAGGAGCCACAAAAUAAAAGGGAAUCCGAAGUCAAAUUACCGAAUCCAAAAGUUGAUGACGAAAAGUUUUUGGAGGAGUUUGUUAACCAACAGGCGUGGAUUCCAAAGAAAGGCGAUAAAGUGAUUAAUUUGGACCGUCGUGGUACCGACAUCGAAGAAGAUGAGGACUUUGACGAUGCUGUCGAGCAAUUUGAAAAUGCUUAUAAUUUCCGUUACGAGGAUCCAAAUGCUGCAGAAAUUGUUUCUUAUGCACGUACACAAGCUACACUCAGAAGAUCUGCAACCUCAUCUCGUAGAAGAAAGAGAGAUGAGGAAAAGGCUAUUAAGGAUAAAGAGGAAGAAGAGAAGCAAAAGGCAGUCCAAAAGAAAAAGAAGGAAAAGGUUAACCAACUUACUGAUGUUUUAGAGCAAGUAAAGAAAGAAUAUGGUGCUGAUAUCAAAGAAGAGCAUGUCAAAGCCUUAACCGAUACCUUAAUAAACGGAAACUUCGAAGAUGGGAAAUGGGAUGAAGUCAUCGGUACCAUCUUUAACGACGAAUUCUACAACCAGGAAGAUAAACCAACAUGGGAUGAGAAUGACGAUAUCAUGGGAGAGUUUUAUGCUGAACAGGAAACCGAGGAUCAUGCGGAAGACGAUGAGACCUUGGCAUCAGACUCUGGAGAGCCAAAAAAGAAGAAAUCAAAGAAGGACAAGAUACAAGAGAAGAGAGACAAAAAAAAAGAUAAGAAGCAGUUACAUGAGAUGGUAGAAAAAGCAGUCGACGAACGUAAGGUAGACAUCAUAGAGCAGGUGGAAGAAGAAAGAGGACGUUCGACAGAGAAAAAUUCUGAAGUUAAGUUUAGAUACCGUGAAGUGUCUCCAGAAUCAUUCGGAUUGACUACGCGAGAAAUAUUCACAGCUGAUGACGCCGAUCUAAAUGAGUUUAUCGGCUUGAAGAAGUUUGCACCAUAUAGACCAAAAGAACUGACGUCAAAGGAUAGAAGAAAGGUUACUAAGAGCAGGCGACUAAGGGAAUGGAGAAAGAAAGUUUUCAAUACCGAAGAAGGCCUCACCGGUGAUGAAUUAGCAAUUCCUCUGAACGACGGUGAAGCUCAUCAAACCUCUAAAGAAAAGGAAAGAUUGAAGAAUAAGAAGAGAAAGAGAAGAGAUUAA